UUAGCCUCACCUUCAGGACGAGGUACGGUCGUCGUCAUCAGCCGAUCAUAUCACGUCAUAGCUUGCAGCGGCUGAGCUGAUUCCUUGGGCGCAAUGGUCGCCUCGUUCAGAGCCUUGGUUCCUUGGGCGUAAUCAUGGUCCCUUCGCCUGAGCGUGAUGACGAGAGUGGUGGUUCGUCUCUCCGUUACGGUCGCUGCCAGUCUCACCCGAGAGUUCCGCCAGUGCACUGACUGAAUCUGACGAAGCAAUUUUUCAGGUGGAGAUGAGAUCGCACGCGAUCACGUAACUCAGCUGCAGCUGCAAAUAGCCGAACCGUUUCGUCAUGGCUUCAACUCGUCUUACCAGAGACGUCCGUUUCCGCGCGGCGAUGGUUGCGUAGUUGGCGUCGCCUGUUCGCCUGCAGCUGUCGGUUGAGAAAUUCAAAUAGCGAAUCUUUCCUUUAUGGCUUCCACAAGCCUGACGCCGAGGCCUCCGAUAGCGUCUACACCUGGACCUUUCGGUACAACCAUUGUUCGCUUCUCAAUACAAGCACCUCGCGAUUGCGAUGCAACUUGGAGCAGCGCUCUACGCGCCGCACCGCGUUCGCUGGCUCUCAACCCGACAACACCGUUAGGACUCAGACUUUUGAGUUCUUUACCAAUCGACCGAUGCACUCUUCGGGCGAGGGCUGAUUUCAGGCAGAAGGGGGGUAAGAAGCUGCGGACUAUGAGAGACACUACACGUGCAGACUCAAGGCCUGGCAAAAGUCUGAUGCGGAAAAGCCUUAGCAGCAGCAGGAGGAGCGACAGAAGCAGUAGCAGUUAUGGCUGCAGUAGCAGCGACAGAAGAAGCAGCAGCUACAGUGGCAGCAGAAGCCGCCGCAGCAGCAGCAGCAGCAGUAGCAGUCUAAGGGCCAGUAGCGGCGAUAAUGGUUCCCAUAGAAGCAGGAGUGACGUCAGCGGUGACGUAGAUAUCGUACCCGAAGCUUCUGCUGAGGCUACAGCUUCUGUCUCUCCCAGCGGACGACAGAUAGAGGUGGAUGGGAGCAGAUUCAGAGAGAACCCCAGGAGAGUGGAAGCAGAGGAGAUGCAGAGAGGGGGAAAGCAGGACACAGAUGCGGGAAGGCGUGUGGAGCUGGGUUAUAUGCAAAGUGGGAGUUUGAAGGAGGCGGGAACACUCGAAAUGGGAUGUGAUGAUGAUGUUGACGCGGAUCAGUUUGUAAUGAGGACGUUGCUGAUUGAUAACUACGACAGCUACACCUUCAAUUUGUUUCAUCUGCUGGCGGAUGUGAAUGGAGUCCCCCCUGUGGUGGUGCGCAACAACGAGGUGGGCUGGCCGUACCUGAGGGAUCUGCUGCUGCACCAACGCCUCUUCCACUCCAUUGUCAUCUCGCCUGGGCCCGGCACCCCCUGCUGCCCGGCUGACAUCGGGGUGUGUGCGGAUGUGCUGAGGGAGUGCACCGACAUCCCCAUUCUUGGGGUCUGCAUGGGUCACCAGGCCCUGGCAGCAUUGAAUGGAGGCCGAGUGGUGCCGGCACCAGAGCCUGUGCAUGGAAGACUGAGUGGUGUGGAGCACACAGGCCAUUCCCUCUUCACCAACAUUCCUUCCGGAUCCGAUUUUCAGGUUGUGCGCUAUCACUCCCUCGCCGUGGACUGGUCAUCCCUUCCCGAGGAACUGGAGCCCAUCGCAUGGAGCACCAAUGACCCCCUCUCAACGCACAUAGCAGCAGCUGCAUGCCGGGGGGACCCCCUACCGUCACACUCGCUCUCUUCAGAUCCCGAUUGCAGCAGCACUGCAAACGAUCAAGACGAGCAUCCACGCACUUCGCAGGAGCAGUCGGGCGCGGCGGCCCGUGGGAAUGGGAGCAGGCGCGUGUUGCACCAAGAAACGCACUCAUCUGGGGACGGGGAUGGGAGUAGGAACUCGGUCUGUGGGAGUACGAGUAUGAGUUCGCAUGUGAAUGGGUUUGGUGGUGUGACACAGCAGCGGACAGGUUGUGGUGACGAGAAUGGGACUGCGAAUGGGGUACUGGCGAAUGUGGAUGAGGCAUUAACCCCUCAUCAGCAUCAGCAGCGGCGGCGGCGGCAGGAUUCGAAUGGAGUGAUUAUGGGUCUGGCACACAAGACACGGCCACAUGUAGGAGUGCAGUUUCACCCUGAGAGCAUUGGCACUUCGUUUGGGCGGCAGCUGGUGACGAAUUUCAAGGCUCUUGCUCUGAGGGCGAUUAGAGAGAGGGGGAGGAGGAAUGAAGGGGAGAGUGGAGAAGGAGGGGAGAGGAGCAAAGAGAGGGAUAGGGAGAGAGGGGUUGACUUGAGAGCCAAGAGCCGAAAUGGUUUUUUCAAGUUAGCAGCACGAGCAGAAGCAGCGGUACCAGCAGCGACAGCAGCAGCAGCAGCAGCAGCAGCAGCAGCAGCAGCAGCAGCAGCAGCAGCAGCAGCAGCAGCAGCAGCAGCAGCAACAGGAGUAGCAGAGACAGUAGGAAGAUCCGCAGUGGGAGCAGCAACAGGAGGUGUAGCUUUGGAGUCGCAGCUCAAUCUGAUGGCGCGGCUGUGUGUGCCGGCCAGGGACGGCUCUAUGGUGUGCGGCAGAGGCAUGGAAUUGGGCGGCAGAGAUUCGGGUGGCAGAGAUUCGGAUGGCAAGAAUCUGAAAGGAAAUGGUUGGGCGGCAUCGUCAAGGGGGGUGUUGGAAUCAUCAUUACCAUCACCAGCAGCUGAUGUAGCAGCAGCAGCAUCAGCAUCAGCACCAGCACCAGCAUUAGCCUCGUUGUCUUGUCCACCGAAACCCCUUCACCUUAUUGUGACUCGACUUGACAGCCUCCUUCACACACUGAGUGGCUCACUGCCGGCAGCACCGUUACCUGGUUCACCGUCAGCAUCAGCAUCACGAGCAGCGGCGGCCAUCUUUACCCGUCUCUUCGCUCAAGAAGGCCAAAGCUAUGCCGACACCUUCUGGCUCGACAGUGCAUCCACCCACCAGGGCUUUGCGCGCUUUUCCUACAUGGGUGGGAGGGGGGGUCCCCUCUGGUCCAAGCUCACAUACAGGCUGGCUACUGAACUGGCUUUGACAAGUGACACACUCAUUGACAGCGCCACGCACAACAGUACUAGCACUGGAAAUAGCAGCAGCAGAAGCAGUAGGGAUAGGAGCACCAGCCGCAGUGGCGCUACUAGUAGCAGUAGCGUCCCCUUCAGCAGCAACAGUAGCAACAGUAGCGCUAGCAACAACGGUAGAAGUAGCAGCAACCAUAGCAGUAGUAGCAGCAGCAGUAGUAGUGAUAGCCAUAGCACCAGUAGCAGCAGUAGCAGCAGAAGCAGCAGUUAUAGCCUUAGCAGCAGCAGCAGCAGCCAGCCCACAUUGAACGGGGGCGGCACAUUUGAUAGUGUCACGGGUGGCACUCUCCUAUUGGAGAGCAGCCAGGGGGAUGUGACUAUAGUGAAGGAGGGGACGUGGCAAGGCGGUAUCUUCAGCUUUCUGGAAGAGCACCUGCAGCAGCACCAGUGCGACCCGCACGAGGCUGCUGCUCUACCCUUUGACUUCUGUGGCGGCUGGGUCGGCUAUUUUGGGUACGAGCUGAAGAGGGAGUGUGGGGCCGAGCACAACCGUCACGCCUCCCCCUUCCCUGAUGCGGCGUUCUUCUGUGUGGACCGAUGGGUGGUGCUGGACCACGACGAGGGGGACGUGUACGUGUGUGCUGUUCAGGAGAGAGGAGAGUCUAUUUCGGAGGCGCCUCGAAUGCGGGACCAUGGGGUUGAGGGGAGGAGGGGGGAGAGAGAAGUGGAGGAAGUCGAGGAGAUAUGGGGAGGGAGGGGAGCAGGGAGAACGGAGGAGAGCGCAGAGGAAGCGGAGAGUAGGAGUGAAAUGAGGGGCGAAAGGAGGGGUGAAAUGAGGGGUGAAAGGAGGGGUGAGAGUAUGGGUGAAAGGAGGGGUGAGAGUAUGGGUGAAAGGAGGGGUAAGAAUAUGGGUGAGGAAGGGGAUGAGAGCAGGAGUUGUGGUGGUGGUGCAAAUGAAGGGGCGUAUGCUGGUUUUGUGCUUCGAUCUGGCUCAACAAGGGGAGAAGGGGAGGAGACAAACGAGGGGAGAGGGUAUGGGAAAGCAGAUGAGAGAAGAGGAGAGCUGGCCGAGGGAUAUAAAGAGGUUCGGCUAGGCAUACCUGGAAAGGUGGGAGUUGGAGAUUUCAAGGGCGUAGAAGGGCAGAUAGGAAGGGAAACGCCGAAGUGCAGCAGAGAGUGGGUGGCAGAAACAGCAGACAGGCUGAUGGCUUUUGUGGAGGGAAGGGCGGUGGUAAGCAGUAGCAAGGGUUGGAGUGAGAGGGAGCAGAGUGAGGGGGAGCCGAGUGAGGGGGAGCAGAGUGAGUGUGGGAAAGGGGCCUCCGCCGAGGAGGGCAGGUGUGUUACAGGAGGAAGAGCAGAUGCAAGGUUUCCAAGAGAGAGCAGAUUCGUUGCAGCCAUUGGUGAUGCGAGGCGGCACUCCAACGGUGCCACAAGGGGGGACUUUAACUUGACCGUUCUUCCAGAGCCUCUUGUGCUAGAGCGUGGCAGGGAGCACUACUCCACUGAUGUGGCUCGAUGUCUGGCGGAGAUUGCUCAAGGGGAGAGCUAUGAGCUCUGCCUUACUACUCGGCUUGAGAGCGAAUCGCAGCCGUCGGAUCCGCUCGGGACGUAUCUACGGCUGAGAGAGAGGAACCCUGCUCCCUUUGCUGCAUGGAUGUGCAUGGGUGGGGGGGGAGGAAGGGAGGUAGUGGGGGCGGGGGAGGAGGCUGAGGAGGAGAAAGAGGGAGAAAAGGAGGAAAGGGGGGAGGAGAAGGAAGAGGAGAAAAAAAGGGGGGAAGAGGAUGACAGGCAUAAGGGGCAGCAGUCUGUACUCCAUGCCCCUUUCUCCCUGUGCUGCUCGUCGCCUGAAAGGUUCCUUAGGGGCGACAGGAGAGGCAUGCUGUGGGCGAAGCCCAUUAAGGGCACCAUGGCACGCGGAGCAACAGAGGAGGAGGACGAGAGGCUGAAGAGAGAGCUGAUGAGCAGUGACAAGGACAGGGCAGAGAAUCUCAUGAUUGUCGAUCUCCUGCGUAACGACCUCGGGCGAGUCUCAACCGUUGGAUCGGUGCACGUCCCUGCUCUCAUGGCCGUUGAAUCCUUUGCCACUGUUCAUCAGCUCGUCAGCACUGUAGCGGCACAACGCCGCCCGGACCUCUCCCCACUGGCCUGCAUCCGAGCGGCAUUUCCGGGCGGCUCAAUGACCGGCGCACCCAAAAAGAGAUCUAUGGAGAUCUUGGAUGAAAUCGAAGGGUCGGCAAGGGGGCCUUAUUCAGGUGCCCUGGGGUUUGUAUCGUUUUCGGGCACCUUCGACCUAAAUAUUGUGAUUCGGACAGCUGUGAUGGGAGGAGAUAUGGGGGAUGGAUCGAGGGGGAAAUCAAAAGCAGGGGAGGACGGGGAGGCAGAGCAGGGGGGUGUGAAUGCUGGGGGAGGGGAGAGUGGGGGAGUGAGUGGAGAAGAGGAGUGGAGAGAAGGCGAGGGCGAGGGGCGAGUAGAGAGAGCAGGUAGGGAGAGAAAGACUGGUAGACGAAAGGGCAGGACGAUGAUCGGAGCAGGAGGGGCGGUGGUGAUGUUAUCGCAGCCAGAGAGUGAGUUUGAAGAGAUGGUGCUUAAAGCGAGGUCUCUGGUGAGGGUGCUGAGACCAGACGGGACUGAUGAUCUCAAGGGGGUGUGAUUGGGUAAUUGAGACUGGGUGGAAAUGUUGUGGGAAUGGAGACUCAUCUCAAGUUUUAUUAAUGGUUAUCUUCAUUGUGGCUAAAACUGUUUUUGACUCCAUAGCCUGUCAAUGCAAUUGGUUAACUGCACAUCGACAUGUGAUGUGCUCUAAGGACAAUUGUACGUUGUA